GGCCGCGCCACAAGGCAGCCAGGCGGCGGGCGAGCGGGCGGCUGCCGCGCUCCCUCCCUCCCUCCCUCCCUGCCUCCUCCCCGCUUCCCGCCUCGCCUCGGGGCGUCGCCUGCCCUCGUCCCCCGCGAGUCUUGGCAUCUUUUUUCUCUCUUCAAAGUUAAGAAGAAGUUUCUCUGAACUCACCUGGGGCGUUUAAAGGUUUUGAGAUUAGCUGUACUGAGCUGUCCUACGGUAGCAGUCCACCGCUAGCGAUUUCGUUCCCGUAUUCUUUUCUUGGUUGCAAAACUGGAUUCUAACUUCGUGCAGACUUAAUCUUCCCCUUCCCCUUCCCGGUUAGUGUGGUGAUGGACACAGCUGCUGCCGCUAAUGAGCCCACAUACUGCACAAAGCCGGAUACCUUGAGUGAGGACACAGGACCCAAAGAUCCAUAUCCCAUUCCAAGAAAGAUUAUGGCUGAACCAGACUACAUAGAUGAUAACAAUCCUGAGUUAAUUAGACCUCAGAAAUUAAUUAAUCCUGUGAAGUCAUCCCGGAAUCAUCAAGAUCUCCAUAGAGAGCUGCUUAUGAACCAGAAAAGGGGUCUUGCACCUCAGAACAAACCAGAGCUGCAGAAGGUGAUGGAGAAGAGAAAACGAGAUCAAGUUAUUAAACAACAAAAAGAAGAGGAAGCACAAAAGAAGAAGUCAGACCUGGAAAUAGAGCUACUGAAACGGCAGCAGAAGCUGGAGCAGCUGGAACUUGAGCAACAGAAAAUGCAAGAAGAGCAGGAAAAUGCACCUGAAUUUGUCAAAGUCAAAGGCAACUUGAGGAGGACGGUCCAGGAAGCAACAGAUGCACCGGACUCCUAGAGCCAGCUCCCGCUUAGACUUCCAGCGUUCCAGUGGUGGCUGCAGAAAGGCUUCUGCAGGUUGUCUCAGAUUUGUCCCUCAAGAGGGAGAAUAACAGCAUCCAGGUGACACUUGCUGAAGAAGAGAUUUUUUUUUUUUUUUUUUUUAAUUCCUGGGACGUGUAAAAAGACUGUAACAUAAACAGGUUGACUUGCCAAACGCAAUCCUGAGACUGGAUAAGGAGUCUGUUUGUCAGUUUGGUGUCAUGGACCAGUCUGAAGUGCUUUCUCAGAGAUUUUAACCAGGGAUAGUAGAGAAACUUCUUCAGUGUUGCACUGCUUUAUCUCUUGUGAUCCUAGUUUAAUGGAGAUACCAAGAUUAUAUUUUGCUUUAAAACAAAAAAAAAAAAAUCCUUUUGCUGUGCAGGUAAAUUUCCUCCUUCCAGCUCUGCAGCUUGUGUAUAGCCCACAAUAAUUUGCAUUUAAUUAGAAUUUGGAUCAAAUCUGGGAGGAAAUGAGGUAUGCUGAUCAUCGCUGCCCAUCUGCACUGGGAUAGAUAGGUGUGGGAGAGCUGAGAAUGCUUAAAAUUCACCAGCAGUGAACAGCUAAGCAACCUUAAACCCCAAUUCUCCCUGUUGAGAACGUAGAAUCUGGGCUAUGGAAGAGCAGAAAUCUGAUGAUCCUCCCACUGGGGAAGAUCCACAAGCUGAUUUCUCUCUGUCUUUAAACUUUUCCCUUACAAUAUCGUGUAUAGGCCUGGGCAGUGUUACCUGUGAAUUUAGCUCUGUCAUUUCUCAAUGCAAAAUGAUCCGUCUUCUAGUUUUUUUUUUGAAAUCCUACUUUGCUGUUGUGGCCUUUCUCCUCCAAGGACAUGCUGAUCUGAAUACAGUGUUAACACAUUACUUGGUAGUGUUUAAAUUUAUUUCCUGGCAUUGAACGCAGGGAUCUGAUUCUGUCACUAGGUCCUGCUUAGCUCUUACAGGAACUUAUUGCAGUUCCUGCAACAGAGCAGUAUUUAAACCAGGCCAAACUGAUCAUUGGAAUCUACUGAAAGGGAUUUCUUUUUUUUUUUUUUUUUUUUUUUUUUUUUUUUUUUUGUUGCCCUAAAGUGAGGCAUAAAAUGAAAUUCAUUUUAUCCCAUCCUUCCUCGUGCCUCAAGAAAGAAGGGAAGUGUGUCAUCAUUGAGCCUUAGGAUCCAAUUCUGUCACCGUCUGCCUUUCUGCAAGUUGCCUUUGUGACUUGCCUUUGAGUAAAAUACUACUCAUCUUGCGUAGGGAUGGCAGAUCUGAUCCUUCAUGCUUAUGACUACUAGUUACCCAGGAAAGCCUGGGAUGAGGAGGGGGGAACAGAUUACUCAUGUGGGAAUAUAGAAUUGGAUUCUUAACUGGUGCGAGUGGGUGCAGAUAACUUAUCUUGAGAAGUUGGGGAGAAAUCCUCAUCUUUGAGUGGCACAUUCCUAGCUCUCACUGAAGCUGUGUUCAUCCAUACCAGCUGAGGAUCUACUCAUGGUCUUUGCCUUAGGAUGUUAAACAAAAUAAUUUCUACUUUGUAAUUGCAUUGAACAUAACUGCUUGAGAACACUUUUUAUUAAGGUCAACAGUGGCGUGUUUGUAUUGUAAAGAUGGUGGGGGAGGGCUGAUUUGUUUGUUUUUUAGUUUGUUUUGCCUUUCUGGUAGAUAUUGGACAUUUUAAAUACAAUUUCAGCUUAGUACUUGGGACAAAAUGCUCCCAAUUAGCAAUGUCUCCUAGAUAUAGCCUUCCAUUUGUCAAGAUCCAAGCAUUUCUUACGAGGACACAAUCAGAUCAAGAGUAAAUUAAAUUGUGAUAAGUGUAUUGCCAUUGACUUAGAUUUUCAGUGUGACUCACGUCUAGAAGAUUAAAUGUGAAGCUGGUUUACUAGACUCUUCAGAUUGUGGACUACGAAAGACAAAGGCCAAACAGAAGACUCUCCUAUGUAUUUUCUCAACAAAGGAACACCUUAACUGUUGCAGACUUCUUCCCUCCCUCCCUUCCUUCCUCUGGAAGGAGAGGAUCUUCAUUUCUGGCAGCACAUUGUUCAAACACUUGCACUGAUUGAAUUUGUUUCAUGUUGUUGAUUGUUGAGGCAGCACUGUAUGCUAGAUUUCCAUACCACUAUUGUUUUAUCUUAGCCUUUCCCUGCCUACCACACUUCUUAAUAUCUGUUGGUUUCCACUCUGCAAUUGCUUUCUGUUCAGUAUGGAAAUCUUUGGAAACUGGGGAGAAACCCUCUUUUGCCUUGACAAGACCAUUUCUUAGCCAUUUUCCCUCAAUGAAUAUGGCAAUCCUCCUGUGCAUACACAGUGAAGUGAAUGAAGCUGGGCGUAAUCCAGAUGGCAGCAGCGUCUGUGCUGGGGGGCACUGCUCUUUGACUUCAGUGAGUGUUGGAUUGGGCCCUUUAAUGAUGAAUGCUUUCUGCUUUCUCUUCAUAUUGGCUUGUGAUUCAGGGUAGAGUUUCUCCCUCUGAAACACAGGAAGCCAGAAAACACCCUUGUACAUACAGUGUGAAGUAGAUUUUUGUUUCCAGUUGCAAUUCUCUAUACGAAUAGGACAUCGUGUUUGUUAGAGCACCUUUUCUGCUGAUCUUUUAGGCUAGGAAUCCACAUCACCUUUGUGUUGAUUUGACAGGCAAAAGCUUGUCUUUAAAAUCAGGAUUGGGCUAGAAUGUGCAACCCUUAAAUGGGUGGUCAGCUAGUCACACCACAAGUGUCCUGUGCGGCUGCUCAAGUAAGAAACUGCUUGCCAGCGAAAGCAAGCAAUUGUUGAUCUGUUCUUUAGCUAUAUGAAUUUUGAAGCAAUCCUGCAAAUACUUCAGCGAGAAAUCUUUCUGAUUUAAAAAUGGCUCACUUUUACCACUUUUGCUUCUUAAUAAGGCAGUACUUUUUUAAAACUCUCUUGCUUUUGAUAGUAUAGUAGUAAAUUUUUAGACUCUUUGUGACUUUAACCUUCUGUUAAUAUCUGCAUUUGUGAGUGUACAUAUAUAAAUAUAUAUAAAUAUAAAAAGGGAGCCUUAAUGGAUUUGUUUUCAUAAUUUAAUAUUUUUUGUAUUUGCUCUUGUAUAAUUGUUUUUAACUAAAGGUAUUACAAAAAUGAGGGUGGAGUACUUAGAACCAAAGUUAUGCUUAAUAAAAUCUACUACAUGCUUGGAA